AUGUUACCGCUAUCGGUAACCCUGCUUCUUCUUCAUCAAGGAUAUACACUGGCUCCAGUGACUACAGUUCAACUUGGUGAAUCUGUGACCUUAACGUGUGCUCUGCCAAAAACUGAGAUAAGGCGCAGAGAGCUCCGCUGGUACAAGCAGAGUGCUGGAGAGACUCUGACAUUAAUUGUGAAACUGCCCGAAUCCUCAAAACCUACAUUUGCACAAGGGUUUUCUGACUCAAGAUUGGAGGUACAUAUUGGUAACAAUUUAAGCACCCUGACCAUUCGGAGGACAAUCCCAGAAGAUGAAGGAAUGUAUCACUGCUUAAUCGAGGAUUUGAUUAGGAAUCGUGUAUGGAGUGGGACCUAUUUGUUAUUAAAAGGAAACACUCAGAGGACUUCAAACUAUUCUGUUCAGUGCCCGACAUUAUCUGAUCCGGCUCCUCAAGAAAACUCGAUGACCCUUCAGUGUUCGGUCCUCUCUAAAUCGGAGAAUAAAACAUGUCAAGGAGACAUCAGUGUGUUCUGGGUUGGAGCUGGAUCAGAUCAAUCUCAUCCAAACAUCAUGUACACUGAUGGAAGGAGACAAGAGGAAUGUGAGAAGUUACCGGACACUCAGAAGAGUUGUGUUUAUCGCUUCUCAAAGAACUUCAGCUCAUCUGAUGCCGGGACUUACUACUGUGCUGUGGCCACAUGUGGAGAGAUACUAUUUGGAGAUGUUACACAUCCGCAGUUAGAGAAAACUGCAAGUCCUGAAGUCUUUGCGCUGGUGAUAGCGAUUGUCUGCUUGGUAAUUUCUAUGAUUGGAAACAUUGUUUUCUUCUGUUGCCGAACUUCAAAAUGUAAAGGAAUAGAAAACCCCACUGGGCAAGCAAGAUAUGACAACUCAAGCCAACCAGUGCAUGAUAUGGUAAGUAAUGACACAAUAUUUGUUGGGAUCUUUUUUAAUAACAUGAAAUCAAACAGCACCACUAACAGUAAACAUGUAAGGGAGGAUGUACAUCUGGCCGGUCAUUAGUGCGAUGUGAGCCCUGACAGGGUGAGCAGCAAUCUUAAAUCGUCUGGUGAUUCAUUUUGUCCAGAAUGACCGACUAGCUGUACGAGGUCCUUCUUAUUACAUGACUACUUACCAAAUACAACCAAUCUGUUUAUAAAUUCAAACAAAACUGUGUAAAAGUAGACAAGUAGACACUCAUGAAUGAUCUUUCUUAUUGCCGCACAGAUGAAGGGGGAAAUGAUCUGAACUAUGCGCCCUUUCAUUUAUCUGGAAGGAAGGCUACAAGAGGAAGGAAUAGGACGUGAUUUGACUACUGAAGAAAGUGGUGCUACUUCUCAUGUUAAAUGCUACACUGUGAAUGUGUGUCAAAAAAACCCGUAGGUUGGUUGAUCACACUGACCUGCUGACAUGAUCUUAUAAUGUAAUAUGUUAGUUUCCCUUUGUGUGAGGGAGUUUUUUCCAUGCUAAAAAUCUGAAAAUCAUAUCAUACAGAUGCUUUUUAUAUUCCUUGUUUGCACCAUUUAUUUGAUCUGCUCAUCCUUGUGUUUGAUGCUGUUUGUCAUUUUUAUCUUAUGAAAUUCACUAAACCCUAUUGGUUA